AUGAUUUAUAUUGUUCUAGUCAUCUCGAUUGUAGUAUAUGCCAUUGUCUAUUGUAGAAGAAGAUACCAAUCUCCUCUUGCUUCAGCACCCUUAGCUCCAACCAGUAGCCUCCUCAUCAAAUACUUGGGUAUUGUUCCCCCACCUCAAAAUUCAGAUCAAAAAGACUAUCUGUCCGAGUUUUUGAUCCGAGUAGGUCAAGAUCCUGCCUUGUCGCCUAUUUCCGUAUGCUGGUCUAUCCUCGGUAAACCCUUGGUGAUUGUCAAUACACUUCAAGGUGUUAGAAACGUCUUGAUUGAUGGACAAGCGAGGAGCAAAAGUAAAGAAGGUGGUGUACCCAACGUUCAACGAGGUAAUUUAAUUCGGUUGAUUCAGAAUUUGGUCUUUGGUGGUCCUAGUUUGAAUAAUGUGAUUGGCGAGGAAUGGCGCUGGCGUCGUCAUGUCUUGUUACCAUCUUUUCAACCCAAACAAUUAGUGCCUAAGUUAAUGCCUUAUGUGGCCAGUCGUACAUUGACACUGCUGGAUGUGUUUGAUCAACAUGCUCAACAAGGAACUACAAUUGAACUCGAUAGCGUCUUUAUGGAUCUCACCAUGGAUGUCAUUAACUUUUAUCUUUAUGGUCGUGAUGAUUUGGAUUAUACGAUCGUCAAUGGAAGAGAAAAUCUCAAGCAACUUGGAUUAGGAUUUCAAUCACUGGAAGCAUGGCUUCCCUUUGGCAUCAACAAGACAAACUGGGCACAAAGAGAAUUCAAACCUUCUCGAGAUAGACUCAAGGCUUUUAUCCAUGAUGCAUUGGCCUUAUCACUUCAAGACUACUUGGCUAUGAAAAAACAAUACGAUCAUCAAAACGUACCUGAAAAGCAACGAUCUUAUCUAUCUGUGGCUGCCUGUGCUUUUGCCAGUGAACAAUACGAUAAAGACAAUGAAAAUCUAGUGAAUGAUCUCCUUUCCUUGACGUUCGCAGGUUAUGAUACCACAGCACAUACAUUGGCUUUCACGUUUGCUGAAUUGGCUCGUAACCCUUCAUUGCAAGAUGAACUGUUUGCUCAAGUACGUCAAGUCUUAGGUCCUCCUCCUAUUGCUCCUGAACAAAUUACUGCUGACAAACUGGCACGUAUGCCACUGGUCACUGCUGUUUAUCGUGAAACUUUGCGUAAAUAUCCUGCUGUUGUAUUUAUUCCCGUGCAUGUCAACAAAGAUACCAUGGUGGAAGAUGUAGUUGUGCCUGCAGGUUCAGAAAUCUGGUGUAAUGUUCGUGGUAUUCAAAUGAACCCUGCUGUGUUUCCUAAACCCGAGACAUAUGAUCCUAAGCGUUGGUUACGUCCUGAAGAUUUGCAAGAAGGUCAAGGGGAUCAUGUGUUUGAUAAUCUUUCGUCUGGUCAUGCCAGUCAUGCUACAACCAUUACGCCUGAGACACAAUAUAAUUUCCCUGAUUUAUCGUUCACUAUGGGCCAACAUGCCUGUAUUGGUAAAAACCUGGCUACCCUUGAGUUGCGUACAGUGAUUGCUUGUACCAUGAACCAGUUUACUUGUAGACUAAAAGACAAGAGUGUGAUUGAUACUAAGGUUGUGCUUACCACUAAACCGCGUUAUGGUGUUCAUGUUCAUUUUGAAAGAAGAAAAGAAUAA